AUUGUUUGCUACUGUCACUCAUUUUUCGUCUCCUACAUUCGCUUUCUUCACUUACAGCUGGUCUCUGUUACCUUCAUUCAUUACCAAAACUCAAGAUGUUUGGAAAAUCCGCUUUGAUGAGUGCGCUCCUCAGCGCUGCUUCUGCUGAAACCAUUUGGGAUGGUCGCUUCAACGACAUGACCUCCAGCGCCGACUUGAGCAAGUGGUCGUUUGCUAACCAAGUCGGUUCCUACCAAUACUACAUUCACGGCUCUGGCGCAGUGACCGACUAUGUCAACCUCGACGCCAAGUUCAAGAACCCUGCCGACACUGCCUCUAAGCAAGGUGUCAAGAUCACCAUUGAUGACACUUCGAAGUGGAACGGGCAAACCAUGCUCCGCACCGAGCUCAUCCCACAGACAAAGGCUGCCAUCAACAAGGGAAAGGUAUACUACCACUUCUCCAUCAAGGCAUCGAGCGAAAAUGCCCCCACUACGACCAAUGAGCACCAGCUCGCCUUCUUCGAGUCUCACUUCACUGAGCUGAAGUAUGGUGCUUCCGGAUCCGCCAACAAGAACCUACAGUGGCACGUGGGCGGUGUCUCAAAGUGGGAUGUAGAGCUUGUCGCAGACGAAUGGCAUAAUGUCGCAUACGAGAUCGACUUCGAUGGCGGUUCCGUUACUUUCUGGCACUCGACUGGCAGCGACGCGUUGAAGAAGACUGCUGGACCCUUCACUGCUAGCACAAGCUCGAACGGUGCGGAUUGGCAUCUUGGUGUGCUGAGGCUCCCGGGCAACAAUGAUCCCAAGGGUGCUGAGGAUUGGUUUUUCAGCGGCGUAUACAUUGAGGAUGGCACCCUUACUACUGCUGUUGGUAGUGGCGCUGGUGGUGCCGCUAGUCCGCAGAAGCCUGCUCCUGCUGCGUCAUCCACUCCUGCCGCCUCCUCGACCUUUGUAACCUCGACCAUCGCUCCUGCCAAAACCCCAGUUGCAGAACCCGCCGAUACUCCUGCCGAUGUUCCUGCCACCUCUGCCACUCCCACUCCUACUCCUACUCCUGCUCCUGUUCCCACAGCUGGAUCUGGCUCUGGCUCUGAUGUCCCUUUGCCUAAAGAGUUCACCAUUCUGGAAUUCAUCACUUGGCUCAAGGCUAAGACUGGAAAGAACUAAGCGCCUUCCGUUGUCAGCCAAGACCUCUGCAAUUCUUCUCAAGCACUCAUACAUUCUUGUACAUAAACCAUUUCAUCAGUGAGUUGUUGGUAUAUAUUAUUUACAAACUUUACCAUCAGA